GUACAAGCAGGCUCCCUGCGCUCCGGGAGCCCCGCUUGCACUGCGCGCACUCCCAGCUGUCUGUGUCUGCUCUAGCUCGGCUCGACGGCGACAUGGGUGUCCCCACGGUCCCUGAGGCCAGCGGCCCGCGCCGGGGGACCCUGCUCCUCGCUCUUUUUCUGGCUGCAUCCAGAGGUCCGGUAGCAGCCUUCAAGGUGGCUACACCAUAUUCCCUGUACGUGUGUCCCGAGGGGCAGAACGUCACCCUCACCUGCAGGAUCCUGGGCCCCGUGGCCAAAGGCCAGGAUGUGACCUUCUACAAGACGUGGUACCUCAGCUCGCGGAGUGAGGUCCAAGUGUGCAAAGAGCGUCGGCCCAUACGGAACUUCACAUCCCAGCAUGCUCAUCCGCACCACGGAAGCCACCAGGCGCCUAACACCAGCCACGACCAGGCCCAGGCGCAUGGGCUGGAGUUAGCUUCCGACCACCACGGUAACUUCUCCAUCACCGUGCGCAAUGUGACCCUGCGGGACAGCGGCCUCUACUGCUGUCAUGUGGUAGAAAUCAGGCACCACCACCCAGAACACCGGCUCUUCGGGUACAUGGAGCUGCAGGUACAGACAGGCAAAGACUCGCCACCUAACUGCACCGCGUACCCGUCUAACGAGCAGGAGAGCGACAGUAUCACGGCUGCGGCCCUGGCCACGGGUGCCUGCAUCGUGGGAAUCCUCUGCCUCCCACUUAUUCUGCUGCUGGUCUAUAAGCAGAGGCAGGUGGCCUCUCACCGCCGUGCCCAGGAAUUGGUGAGGAUGGACAGCGGCAACACCCAAGGUAUCGAAAACCCAGGCUUUGAGAGCGCUCCACCCUUCCAGGGGAUGCCUGAGGCAAAGAGCAGGCCCCCACUGUCCUAUGUGGCCCAGCGGCAACCUUCGGAGUCAGGGCGGCAUCUGCUCUCUGCCCCCAGCACACCUCUGUCUCCUCCAGGUCCCGGGGAUGUCUUCUUCCCAUCCCUAGAUCCAGUCCCUGACUCCCCUAACUCUGAAGUCAUCUAAACCAGCUGGGGGACCAUGGACAGUGGAACCUGGAUUAGGGGCAGGUGCAUUUGAUCUAUGCUGGCCCUUUAAACAGACCUUUAGGCAUUGACCCCAGCCUCCUCUCUCCUGCUCUGAGCCUAGACUCUGCUUUACAAGAUGCACAGACCCUCCCCUACCAUUUCUGGAUGCUAUGGGGUGGGGGGGUUGGGGGCGCAGGGAGAAGAUGCUGGAUUGCUCAUUGCUGUUCUCAAGAUCUUGGGAUGCCGAGUUCUUCCCAGAGACUUGACUUCACAUCACCAGCCCCAGAUGCCAAAUGACCUAAGAAGUCACAGAAUGUCCAGAAUGUGGCAGCAGCCUUUCUUCAUGGAAACCAGCAGCCUAGAUGGGAUGGGGUAGGUCAUCUUGCCACCCUCCCAGGCAAGAGACACAAGAUAUAAGAGACUCUGCCCACUG